AUGGGGUGGAUGUGGUCAUCUUCUCCCUCGACGCCGAAAGGCAAUGACGGCCCAGUAGACGCAGGCCAGAGCAAACCCGCUCAAGCACCGGCCAAGGCAUCCGAGCCCGAGUACAGCGACCCGGAGAUCGCAAAGUUCAUGGCCCAGAUCCAGGCAGAGUUUGGGGGUGGUAACAGCAGCAGCAGCAGCAGCAGCAGCAGCCAAGCGACAGCACAACAAGCGCAACCAGCCCGACCAGCUGCAGUUCAAGAAUCAAAGCCAGAGACAAGGCCGGCAGCAGCUCCAAAUCCCGCGACCUCCUCUUCAAACUCUUCCUCAUCCUGGUCCUCGCUCUGGAGCUCGGCGCAACAACAAGAACAACCACCACCACCAACCCAAGCCUCCUCCUCUCGACUUCCAGCCUCAGCCCCUAUGAUCACCCAACGCGAAUCAGCCUCCUUCUCAUCCCUCUGGGAAGACGCCCAAUCCCACUCCGACCAACAACCCCCAACGCGCCUCGACCCGCUCUCCGAGUCCCUCCUCCCAACCACCAUGUCCUGCCGGCAGGCCUUCGACCACGCCUACCACUGCAACGGGCUAGGCGGGCAGUGGACGUCCGUGUACCGCGAGGGCGCCGUGCGGUCCUGCAGCGAGCAGUGGGACGACUUCUGGUUCUGCAUGCGCACGCGCGCCUACACGGGCGCCAUCAAGGAGGAAGCCAUCCGCGACCACUACCGGCAGAAGGAGCUCAAGAAGUACGGGCCGGGACAGCCCAGCAGUACCGACGUCUGGGAACCGCGCACCGAGCGCCUGCCGCCGGGGGCCGCGUUCGGCGUGCGCUACGAGAUGCCCGACGUCAGCGACGAGGAGUGGCGCCGCCUCGAGAUCGAGCGCCGGCGGCGGGUGCAGCAGAUGUUGAGGGCGGAGGAGGAGAGGGCUUCUUCACGUUAG